AUGGAUUCAAAGCCUGUUCGAGAAUUAAGUGGUGGUCUAGAUCCAAAGUUAGUUGAGAUGAUAAAUUCUGUUAUUGUGGAUAGGAGUCUAUCUGUUAAAUGGGAAGAUAUUGCUGGCCUAGAAAAAGCUAAACAAGCUUUGCUGGAGAUGGUAAUUCUGCCAACUAAAAGAAAAGACCUAUUUACAGGUCUCCGUAGACCACCUAAAGGUUUGCUUCUGUUUGGUCCGCCUGGCACUGGUAAGACAAUGCUUGCCAAAGCGGUUGCUUCAGAAUCACAAGCAACGUUUUUCAACAUCUCGGCUUCCUCUUUGACAUCAAAAUGGCUGGGAGAGGGUGAAAAACUUGUUCGGACACUUUUUGCGGUUGCUGUUUCUCGACAACCCUCAGUCAUAUUCAUGGAUGAAAUUGAUAGUGUGAUGUCAGCAAGAACAUCUAAUGAGCAUGCAGCUAUGAGAAGAUUGAAAUCCGAGUUUCUUGUUCAGUUUGAUGGAGUGACAUCAAACUCUAACGACCUUGUAACUGUUAUCGGUGCUACAAAUAGGCCACAAGAGUUAGAUGAUGCUGUCCUUAGGAGAUUGGUGAAGAAGAUAUACAUCCCCUUACCGGAUGAGAAUUCUAGGAAAAAUCUCCUGAAGAACAAUCUCAAAGGCGAACAGUAUUCUUUGCCCAGUGCGGAUCUGAAUAAAAUUGUGAAACAGACCGAGGGAUAUUCUGGGAGCGAUCUGCAAGCUUUAUGUGAGGAAGCAGCCAAGAUGCCUAUACGAGAGCUUGGUUCCAAAAUUCUCACUGUCAAGGCCGAUGAGGUGAGACGAUUAGAAAAAGGAGAUUUUCAGAGCGCGAUGACUGUAAUACGACCUAGCAUUGUAAGAAACAAGUGGGAAGAACUUGAAGAAUGGAACAAAGUGUUUGGCUCUAACUAAUAGCAAAGAUUUAUAAUUUUUUGAUCUACUACAUGAAGUAUGAUCAAGACCUAAUUAAACAGCUAAUUGAGCAUAUUCUUGUCAAGUUGGAAUUUGUAAACAUGUACAUAAAAUGCUUUUAUUUUGGGUUGUACUUAUUUUUAAUGAAUCUAAUGUAUACAAUUAGAUCUUUUCUGGAUCUAAAACAAAUUAAGUGAUAAAAUCUUUUAGAUUU